GUGAUUUUUGGAGCUGCCAACUUCUACCAUACAUCUGAAAUUUUUGAGAAGACAACACAGUUUUCAUAUCUGUCAGAACGAGAACGGGAAAUCACUUUCAAAACAGAAAAUGGAUUUUAUUACCGUUAUUACAAAAUUCUGACAUCAUACAAUGAAAAACCUUUUUCUUCACGUCUGGAGAAAUUCUUCGCAGAUAACUUGACCGAGUAUCCCUCCACAAUACAGCCCAUCAAGCGCUUCAAUGUUUAUCCUGAGGUGAUGUUGGUUCUGGGAAGCUUCUACUUGGUUUUUGAGAAGAUGAUUACCUCUCUGAACAUGACAUUCAAGGAAUGCUGGGAUGUUUCACGAGGCCCAGGCUUUCCUCCAAUUCAGAGCUGCAUUGGAAUUCAAGAACCUAUGUACUUUUAUCUCAAUUGCAUCUGGUUCUUGGCUGCCAUUACAACUGUCUGCAUCUUCCUCACUGGAGCUUCACUAGGGUCAGGGCUUUUUGGAGGCCUUGUGGCAGUGGUAUGCUUUUUCUUCAAUCAUGGAGAGAGCACUCGAGUUCAAACUUAUCCUCCAUUGAGGGAGAGCUUUGGCUUCCCAUUCUUCAUGAUGCACCAUCUCUGCAUUACUAAGGUCCUCCAAUCCCAACAAGUUACCUGGCAGCAGUUGUUGGCCCUGUCUAGCCUGACUGCAGCUUUCCUCUUGUCAUGGCAGUUUGGUCAAUUUGUUGUUCUAGUCCAGAUUUAUGUCAUCUUCUUCCUCCAUGUCAUGCACUUGAUCUCAUUCAACCAAAGCCUCUGCCUCGCUCUUGCGAUCUGUAAGCACAUAGUGGAUCUGCUGAAGAUGAAACUUGGUCGAGGCUCAGACUUCUCCUCACUUCUCUAUCUUUCUCAAGCAGAGUUUCAGUCUCUGCCAUCCUUAACUGUUGCUGGAUAUUCCAGCACCCUCCUUCUCCCAUCCGUGAUUGUGGCAGUCACAUUCUGCAUCUUGCAUUUUCUUCGAAGUCUCUUUAUUCAGCGGCAGAAGCAAAGGGCAGAGACAUCAAGUCAGAGUGAUGUCUCAUCCCAUGUACCCCAUGUUUAUCAUGUGAUAAUGUUAGGUGCAUUUGCUGUCAUGGCAGGAGUGUUUAUGCGCCUCAAACUGUUCCUGACACCGCAGAUGUGCAUUGUCACUUCACUUCUUGCUUCCAGGCGGCACAUUCCAAUCAAGCAAACUUCCAUGCAUGCAGGAUUGUUGGCCCUACUGUUGGCUGGAAUGGCUGUGCAAGGUGUGAGCAACCUCAAGAAGCAAUAUGAUGUGUCUCCAUGUGGGGGAUUAGCCGAAACAGAAGAACUGCUGAACUGGAUAGACCAAAUCCAGCCAGAGGGGGCAUUUGCUGGAAACAUGAACAUUAUGGCAAGCAUCCUGCUUUCCACUGAACGGCCAAUUGUGAAUCACCCACAAUUUGAAGAUGAAGGAGUCAGGAAUCGAACUAUGGCAGUCUAUCGCAUCUUUAGUCGACAACCAGCAAUGAAGGUUUAUCAAGUCCUUCAUGAGCUUCAAGUUAGCUUCAUAGUCAUUAUCAACCAGUCUGUUGAAGUACUUGGAGGAAUAUGGGACAUACUGGAGCCUCGAAUUCUGAAUUGGACACCACUCUAUGAGCUCCUUGUGAGCGGGAACCCACACCCUUUUAAACGUGUCUUUCAGAAUGAAGUAUACACAGUGAUUCAGAUGCCACUCAAGGCCAUAGAGUUCAGACCACCUCGCUCAUACAAAGCCUGAGCAGGGCCAUUAUUGUGAUAUGGAAGCAGCAAUAGGUAAUCCUUGCCAGACCAAGUCAGUCAUUUGCCAG